GGUACCUUAUCGUGUCAUUCGUGUUCAUCUUCUUAGCUCUGGUUGAGUCUGCAGUGGUGUACAAGGCCAGUCAGUGGUCACUCCUGAAAAAGAACAGGAAUGAGAUGUCGGAAAAAGAGCUUCGCAGAGAUAAGAGUCAUACUUCACAGACACCACCAGGAAAUGAAUUUUACAAAGAAACCGAAAUUCAGAAACCCGAAGCACUGACGUCUUCGAGAUCACCAAGGAUGUUAGGACACAAUACUCUCAGCUUUGACCAAACAGUGAAUAAAUCAUCGGAGCACAUUUUUCCUGAAGAGAGAUGCGAAAUUCACAAACCCGAAGCACUGACAUCUUCCACAACACUAAAGAUGUUAAGAUACAAUACUCUCAGUUUUGACCAAACAGUAAAUAAAUCAUCGGAGCACAUUUUUCUUGAAGAGAGAAGCGAAGGGACAGAGCCCCCUAAAAUCUCGACUAUUGCAACUGGAACUGAAGCCAGGGAAAACUGGGGCCUCGCGAUAGACCGGGGGGCGCGUGUAUUUUUUCCGUUCUCUUACAUCAUCUUCACAGUGUUGUAUUUUGUUGUGAUGUUAAAGUCCGAUGGAGAAUCCAAAUAGAAGUUCCAGUCGUUUGAAUCUCCAAUCACCCAAAUAGCGAAACAAUAAAAUCAAAGACUUGUAAAAUGUAACUUUAGAUUAUUUACAGCUAAAACUACUUCUAGUCAGUUCAGUUCUCUUAAAUUUCAAUCUCACCGGAUUUCAAAGGUUUCAGCUUAGAUGUAUUAGUUAAAUAAGGUUGAGAGCAACACUACAAUUUUAAAUGGUUUUUAUUUGUCAUUAAAUAAAAAAUAUCAGAUAUUUUGAAAUUAUGUUUUUGGAGGUUGUCUGACAAGAAGUUAAGGUUAGAGUCAGGUGAGUUUCAGGAGAAACUUGAGUACUUUUUAUAGAUCAGUUUCAAUCCUUUGAUUGGCACCUAAUUUCUCCUUACAAUAUCAUCCCUUAAUUGCACAGUGAGGUCAUCAAGCUCUUAAUUGUUGAAUGUGAGAUAUGG